GAAAAUUCUACCAGGUGUGCCUCCGUCAAGCGUGACAAUCAAUCCACCGCAUUGUGGAGCGCCUACGAAACAAUCACGUCCUGCUGUUGGAGAUGGUGGUGCGUUGCGCACGAUCGACUUGAAUUCGUAUGCGCCUCGAACCCGUGCGCGUGCGGUACUUAUGCAGCAUGUGCAUAAGCCUGAUGCGCGAGCUGUGUAUGAUUGGAUUGCUGGAUCCGUUUCUUCUGACAUGAAUGUGGAGUUGUUUAAUUAUUGUGGCCGCUCUGCUCGGCGGGAAGAUUUUGUAUCUCUCUUGGAAGGGAAUCAAGUUUUCAUUGGCAUACUGAAUGCCUGGACAUGUGUUUUGUCUGCAACGGAAAAAUCAAAGCAUGUUGGUGUACCGUCUCGGUUCUUUGCGUCGAUUUCAACAAUGUUGUACACUGUGGUUUUUCAUCAUGUGUUUCAUUUCUUCAUUGCCGGAUCCUGA